UAUGGAUCCUUUGCCAUAAUUCGCAGGAGAUGAUUAAUAAAUAACUUAUCUGUUUGCAUGGGGACGUAACAAAGAUGGAGAAUUGUCCAUUGUAAAAAUGAGUAUGAUUAAUGUGGUUAGGGCAAUCAAAAGAAGUGCAAUGCUCCGAAGGCAGUGCAAGGAUUGAAGAAUCAAACAGUGCAGUUGAUUAGUUCAGGUUCCAACCAUUCAGGAAUAGUGACACAAGAUGGUUAACUCUUUAUUUGCGGAUCUGCAUUACACGGUUUGCAAUUCAAAUUUAAAAAUAAUUUAGGGAAACUGGGUUUUGAAGAUGCCAAUCAACCAUCAUACCCUAAGUUCUUGUUAGUCCAGGCAAUGAAAGGAUUGUUUGUAACUCAAGUGGCCACAGGAGAUUACCAUACCUUGUGUUUAUUGGACAAUGGGUAGGUUUAUGCAUGGGGAGGCACACUUCACAAAAAGUUAGGUUCUAAGGCAGGCAAACCAGCCAGGAUUGAAACCUUGAAACAAACCAUAGUGUAGAUUGGGUGCGGUGAUUUUCAUAGUGCAGCCUUGAGUGCCAAUGGAGAUCUGUAUACUUGGGGAGGAGGAGGCAGAGAUUACAAUCGAGGUUAAUUGGGUCAUGGUCAUUUAAAUGAUGUGGAGACACCCUAGAUAGUUAAGGACAAUAUAGUUAAGUUCAGUUGUGGAGGCUAUCAUAUGAUGGCAUUAGAUAAGGAUGGAGAAUUGUGGUCUUGGGGUUCUGGGAUGUACGGCGAAACUGGUCAGGGCGAAUUCUAAGAUAGUUUAUUGCCCAAAAAGGUGAAAAUCAAUUUCAAUUAAAAACACAUCAUUAUUGAUGAUAUCUUUGUGUAGAAUAAAUAAGGUAUAUUCCAACAUAUAAAUGUAGAAUCAACCAUAAAGGAAAUUAGUCUAGGGGGACAUCACAGUUUGUUGUUGUCCAAUAAAGGUAUUGUCUAUGCUUGUGGGUAUGCCUAACAUGGACAAUUGGGAAUUAAGGCCACUGAAAAUCAAAACAAAUUCUAAUUAGUUAUAGGGUUAUCUGGAAAGACAAUAGUCUAGAUUGCAGCUGGAUGGAACCAUUCAAUUGUGUUGACAAGUCAUUCUGAUGUUUAUACUUGCGGACACAAUUAGGCAGGACAACUUGGAGUUGGUGAUUAUGAAAGCAGGACUUAAUACACGAGAAUAAACUUCUUGGAAUAAAGAAGAAUUAAACAAUUAUUUGCAGGGGGCAAUCAUUCUUGGGCAUUGAUUGACUACAAUUAACCUAGGAUAGAUGAUUAUUCUCCACCCUCUCCUCUAAAUGAGGAAGUCAAGAUUGAAAACUUCACUUAACCUCUUGAUCAAGGUCUUCAAGAUUUGGAGAUAGUGAUCACUGAAGUUAAAAUGCAUCACAGAUUCGUCAAGAUUUAGGUUCCAGCGUAAUUUCAGACUACAAUUCAAGCCAAGAUUAAUGAUUACUUGAAUUUUAUGCAAAAAGACCCUAAUACUAAGUUGAGCAAAUUUCAGAAUGAUGCUCUUGCCUUGGGAGUCAAGGAAGAUAAUAACAAGUAUUGAUUUUGUGUAUUCUAUUUAGAUUGUCAUUUACGAUAAUGAUGAUUAUGGAUCUAUCUUAAUAUAAGAUGCCAUUUGAGGAAUUGGAUGAAGGCAAGGUGAAUCAGAUUGGGAAACAGUUUGUUGUGAAGAGAAGUGCUUUCAAUAAAAACCCUAUUUAUGAUUGGAUUGUUUAGGCGGAGAAGAUUAUGAACAUUCCAGGGAUCCAAAUCAAAUUCUUGGAGCUCAGACCAUUAUAAUGA